AUGCAGAGUGUGAUUUUAGGGAACAUGGUUCACGCCAACACAACAAAUGACCUCGAAUUGGUCCUGGAUCGUAUCCCGAUCGAAUAUCCAGCUCUCGUGAUGGAAACGUUCCUCUCAAUUGGUAAGAACGAAAUCCGAGAUGACUGCGCCUCUCUCGCUGAUGGUUAUUGUUGGAUGGUUUCGAAACACAGUGUAUUUGUGUGGAGUACAACGGCCGCCGACGCAGCGGUUGUUACGAUCUCACCAAGCUGUAUGAACUGCUUCAAUGUUGAUAAGAAAGGAUUGGCAUGGACCGUUAAUACUCGUACUUUCUUGGAGGGAUACGUCACGGCAAUGACUCGGUUCGACGGCGGCGCACCAGCAGAUGUUGAAUGGUUCUCAGUAAUACCUGUUGGAAGCAGUCACACGAAUGACUUCAAGGUCAGCGCAUGCGAAGCCAUGAAACAUCUUCUCAGUAAGAAUGAUGCUGAUCUCACGGUCUUGGUUUACGCUUUUUUGAAAACGAUGAUCGACCAGCAA